AUGAACACCACGACGCUCCCGAACGCUGACAACCCCGCCGCCGCCGGCCGCGCAAUGCACUUUUACCACACCGUCGCCGCGCCGGUGUCGAGCCUGGUGCUCUUCGUCUGCGUGCUCUUCAUCUGCAUCGAGCUCCUCCGAAACAGCCCCCAGAACGCCAUUGCCCACUGCCGGCGCGGCAUCAACAUCCUCAACGAGGUGCAGGCCGACUCCGACUUCCUCCGACAUCAUGUUGUGCCUGCCAUGCACCAGUUAAGCCUCGUGCCCUACUGUUAUGACGCCGACCCCAAGACAUUCCCGACGAUUCAACAGGCCAGCCCCGUCCGCUGGCGCACGCCUCGAAAGCGUCGCAGAGGCAUACAUGCAACAGAUAACUAUACAGACCCGAACGGCGCGCUUUUUGCGCACCGGCGAAGAGAGGCGCUUGGCGAGAGAGUAAUCCAAGCUCUGAAGGCUACCUAUCAGCCCGACGACAAAGAGCACUCUGCGCUGUGCCUGCCGGAGAUCCGCUACACCAUAAAAAGAACCCUAAUUCUGCUGUCAGAAGCGACAUCGGAGAACGAAUACGACGCCUAUCUGGGCGACUAUCGCGCCGUUGUUGACUUGACAGCCAGAGCGGCAGUAUCUACCGGCGACGACCGCUCAUCAUGGACGACACCAUUCUACACGGAUGAUUCGGCCAUCGAGUUGGGCUUGAGUCUCCUCCUGUACUUGGUCGCCUCCAAGUGUCGUUUUCUGAUCGUACGGACCGUGGUCUUGAAUUUGAUGGAGCAGCUGGCGCAGCCGAGGGUUAACAGCUGGGUCAAGCCUAUCACGGUAGCGGUAGCCGGGCGGAUCAUCGAGGUUGAGCACCAAGUCUCUUUGGACGACUUGGAUAUGGGCAACUUGGUCGAUGACGGAGAACUUCUACCGGAAGAGAGACGGGUUAUAAGCGUCGACUUCCGUUGGGCGAGCGACACGAAGUGCGGCGGCUCGUUGAGGCAAGUCGCUUUCCUCUUCAGAGAUCCUAGCAGUGGCAACGUUAUCCCAAGAGACGAAUGGAUCAACGUAGAGCAAUAG